AUGUGUCAGAGUAAGUUGCUGAAUUUGAGGAGUUGUGGAGACCAAGGCAAGAGGAGGCCAGUAGGAGCUUCCCAGUUAUGGCUGGAGUUGCUGCCCUGGUUGUACACUCUCUGCAAGGAGCAGUCCUUCUGUGACUGCACCAUCUUCAUUGGUAAUGUGCAUUUUAGAAUGCACAAGGUGGUUUUGGCUCCUGCCAGCCUGCUGUUUAAAUCCGUGUUGGACAGCACAGACACCAUCUCCAUUGAUGCUUCUGUGGUAACACCUUAGGAGUUUCCACUCUUACUUGAGAUUAUGUACAAUGGCAAACUCCCACUGAGGAAACACAAUUUCACCAAAGUAAUCUCUGUGGCAGAUAGUCUGCAGAUAUUUGAUGUGGCUGUCAGUCGCAAAAACCUCCUUAGGGAUCUCAUAAGUUCUGCUCAGGACCACCAGGAAGCAGAUUCAUCUGGAAACCAAGCUGAAGCUAAUUACCUGCCCCAGUCUGGAAGACCUGAUGAAGAAAGAACAUUUAUCAUCCUCAUUCAGAGAGUUUCUCCUUUCCCUGUAGAAGCAGAAAUGGAAGCAGGUGUUUCUCCUCCUGGCUAGGAACUUACCAUGAAUCACACCUGGGUUCAUCAGGACACAAUGUCAAGUGAGUCCAGGUCCCCGGAGGAUUCAGGCUCUGGCCCUGACCAGCCUGCCCACGCUGAGUGCAGUGGCUGCACGGAACAGGAGCUUGCUGAGCUGCCAGAGGGGAAAGGGCGAUCGAGGGAUUUAGCAGCAGAAAGCAAAAGCUGUAAAAUGGAUUUCUUUGUUUGAUCUGAAAAUGUUUUCUCUGAGGCUCCUUCUGAUGCCCAGGCUGUGCUGAAAAGACUCCAAGAGUGCAGAGAAAUUGAUGCCUCUCAAAAGGAGGCUCUGGCUGCUCUGGCCAAGGCAGAGGAUCAUUCAGUGUUCAGGAAGCUGCUGGGCAAAGUUAAGGAUGCUUACACCCAGGAUAGUGACACUUGGGAUGCUCAGCCCCUGGACACUCAGACCCUUUUGUCUUUUCUGAAGCUGCUUCAAGAUACAAAUCCUGAGCUGAGAGUGGCUUUGCUGGAGAGGGAACAGGGCAAGAGCAUAGCUGAUGAAGAGACGCUGACCGCUCGCUUGCUGUGCUGCAGGGAGGAGCUGAUCUGGAGCGUGGCACAGCUGAGCCCCAUCAGAGAGUUUUGGAGCAGUAGAAGAGGAUUCCUGACUGCCUCAGAGAAGCAGGUAGCUUUGGAUUGUUGUGAAGGCAGCUCUCAGAGGGAAGCCGUGGACAAUCUGAUCAGGAAGGUGGAUGAAGAGAAAAACCUGAAAGUGAAAUUUCUAGAGGCUGUGAAAGCAUCCUUCCCUGGACUCCAGCUUCUGAGUCCAGGACAACUUGGACAACUUCGGACAACUUCGGACAACUUGGUGGCAAGAGCAAACAUCUCUGAUGGUAAAGGCAAAUGAAGCCCAGAGGAUUAUAGGGCCAAACUGUUGUGACAAUACCGGGAGAACUUUGUGGAGCUCCUGACAGACACCCAGGUGCUGCUGCAGGACAUCUCUGCUGCAUGGAGCCUGGCUCCUGCAGAGAGAGAUAUGAACAGGCUCCUACACCUGUGCAAGCAGAUACAGAGAGGCAGUGGUUUCAUCUGCCUUGUGUUGGCAGUGCUGGAGCAGCAGUCCUUGUCUGUCUCUGCUGUUUGGCAGCUGCUGAUGACUGUGCAGGAAUCUGCAUCCCCAAAACUGUUCACCAAGGAUAUCUAGAAACAACCCAGCUCAGAAUUUUUCUUCCUCACAAUGGCUAUCAGUGAGAACACAGCCUAGAUCCUGCAGCAUGGCAAGCUGAUCUAAGCCAUCCAGCAAAGAGAAGACCUGAAGGGCUUGGCUUUGGGGUAGGCAGGGCUCAAGGAAGCAGUGAAGGAGGUGCACAUGAAAGGCUGUCAGGUCGCCAGAGAAAAGCAGAUCCAGCAUAAAGAGUGUGGCGAGGUCAGGUCGACAAAGAAUGAGCUGGAGAAGCAUCAGUUGGAGGUCUACAGGAUGGUGGGGAUGGCCAAGAAGAAAAAGAAGAGGAAGAGGUUCCCCAUGGCAUGUGACAUUGGAAGAGAGUUUGCUCAUUCCUCAGCUCAGAAUCACUGCUCCUCCAAGUUCUCCUCCCUGCAGUGCAGCUGCUGUGACAAAACCUUCACCAGCACUGCUGCUCACCAAAAGCACAUCAAGGCAGAGCACACAGAUGUGAAGUUCCAUGAGUGUGAGUCAUGCAUGGAGCUGUUACCCAUGCUGGCUCUCCUGCCAGACUCGGACAGUGCUUCUCCCACAGCUUCCCAACCGUUGUGCUGCUUGUGCUGCUUCAUGAGGGCCCUGCAGAGCCACGUCACCAGCCAGCACUUCACACAAGAUAGCACCUUCAUGGGUGAGCUCUUCCCCUCCCAGGGCAAGCUGGAGGACCUCAGCACUGAGCAUCCCAAGGUGACCUCCUCCCAAGCCACCACUGCCCAGAUUGGGCAGGUGACUCAGACAUCAGAGCAAGGAGCAGCAGAGCACAUAAACUCUUUCGAUGAUGCCAAACUUGAUGUUGCCCAAGUGAGACAAACUGGCUCUGAGGUGGUGACUGUGGAGAAUUUGUUUGAUAAAGUCACUCUGAUGUGUGAAGAAAUCAAGUGA